GUUGUAGCUACUUGGUAGACCCGCUGAAAUCUAAUCAGAUAAACGGACUUUAGCCGUUCGCUGCCACGUCGCAUUCCUGGUUGCUAAAUAAAUAUACUCGUCAUGCCCUCUCUCCCUCCUACAUUCCUUUUGAGCGCAAUAGAAUCUAACGGGGACACCCAAACUAGCGGGAGCUAGUCUUGUUUAACAGCAUGGAGGCUCCAGACAAGCCUAUCGCUGUAGCGACGGUCGGCGAGCCUGUUAAGCCUUCGUCACCUGUUUCAGACCAGCAAACCGAUAGCAACGAAGAUGGGAAACGGCCACCACCCUUGAUGGCCAAGUUGAUUGCCGUCUUGCUUAUUUCCUGUAUCAGUUUUGGUUCCUCAUGGAGCUCCGGCGUUACGGGUGCGAUGAAAAGUACUAUUAAAAAGAAAAUGCACAUCUCCAACACCCAAUUCUCCCUUCUUGAAGCCAGCGAAGACUUCAUGGUCACUCUACUCAUGCUGGGCAGCGGAAUCGUGACGGACCGAGUGGGAGGCGCCGAGAUGAUCAUUUACGGGAAUGUCGUCUAUACAGUUGGAUCUAUACUAGUCGCUGCCGCGACCACGGUCCGAUCAUUCAAUUUUAUGAUCGGAGGGAGAGUCAUUCUGGCUCUGGGCGAUAUCGCGACACAGGUUGCGCAAUAUAAAAUGUUCUCUUCGUGGUUCCCUCCUAGCAAUGGAUUUGCAUCUACGCUUGGGCUUGAACUCGCCAUGCGGAAGAUUGGUGGUUUUGUCGGUAAAUCGACAGCCAAUCCGAUUGCUAAAAACACCGGCAAUUUCGCUUGGGUAUAUUGGACGUCAGUCUUUAUGAACCUAUUCACCAACGCUGCAACGGUUGUUUUCUGGCUCUACAGUCGCUAUUGCAAUCGUCACUAUCAGGGCCGACAAGACAAGGCGACCCGCGAAGUCCUGACUGAGAAGAACAACAAGUUCGAGCUCAAGAAAGUCUUCCAAUUGCCAUGGAUGUUCUGGUGUAUUUUGGCGUUUUCGCUGUUUCAAACGAGCGCUGCACUGGUCUUCAGUCAGAAUGCGACGGAACUCGCCGAGAAACGAUUCAACGUUGACUCGAUUAAAGCUGGCUGGUACAGUGCCUUGUCUCAGUACUCAGGAUUUUUCCUAGUGCCUUGCUUGGGUGCCUUCAUCGACAUCCUCGGAAAUCGAGCUACUAUUCUGUGCAUUUGCGGAACUGGCAUGCUCCUAUGUAUGGUAUUAGUGAACUUCGCCUCAUCUACAGCAGGUACUGGCGCCGCGUUUGGUAUCUAUGCCAUUGCAUCUGCUUUGGGACCAACCACGAUUAUCGACGGAAUCCGUACCUCACUAUGGCACCAGUCCGUAUUUGGAUCUGCGUACGCAAUUAAAGUGACCAUGAACAACGCGAUGAAUAUUAUCAUUCGGAUCAUUACAGGAGCCCUCCAAGACGCAGAUAAUGAUUCGUAUCGUCGGGCGGUGCGAGUAUACCUAUUCCUAGCAGCGUGCAGCGUGGUGGUGGGGUUGGCUAUAUUCAUUGGGGCUAUGUUGACUGAUGAGCUGGGUCUGUUACAGUGGACUCGGAAGAAGAGGCUCACUUAUGGCCCUGAGGUUAUCGACAGCAUGCGGGAACGCAGCUUAGUGACAAACAAACGGCGCAGCUGGUGGAUCUCUCUAUGCUGUUUCGGUGCUCUCAUACUUCUUGUAUUGGGAAGUUGGACGGCGUAUAUUUGGGGAGCUGUUACGGGACAUAACUCGUAGUUUAGAUUUUGGAUACCCAGCUAAUAAAAG